AUGGCUCCCACCGCAACUGCCGAUCUCAACGAGAGCGCAGCGCCCGCUGCCUACGACCCCGCCCGUCCUCUGGCAGGCAAGGUCGCCCUGAUCACGGGCGCCGGGCGCGGCAUUGGCCGCGGCAUUGCCAUCGAGCUCGGCCGCCGCGGUGCAAGCAUCGUCGUCAACUACGGCAGCAGCGCCAAGUCGGCCGAGGAGGUCGUCGCCGAGCUCGCCAAGCUCGGCUCCAAGAGCGUCGCGAUCCAGGCCGACAUCAGCAACCCGGCCUCGGUCGUCGAGCUCUUCGACAAGGCGACGGGGCACUACGGCCACAUCGACAUCGUCGUCUCCAACUCCGGAAUGGAGGUCUGGUGCCCCGAGGUCGACGUGACGCAGGAGCUCUUUGACAAGGUCUUCAACCUCAACUGCCGCGGCCAGUUCUUCGUCGCCCAGCAGGGCCUCAAGCACUGCAGCCGCGGCGGGCGCAUCAUCCUGACCUCGUCCGUCGCCGCCGUGCUGUCCGGCAUCCCCAACCACGCCCUGUACGCCGGCUCCAAGGCCGCCGUCGAAGGGUUCUGCCGCGCCUUCGCCGUCGACUGCGGCCACAAGGGCAUCACGGUCAACUGCAUCGCCCCCGGCGGCGUCAAGACCGACAUGUACGACGAGAACUCGUGGCACUACGUCCCCGGCGGCUACAAGGGCAUGGACAUGGCCAUCAUCGACGAGGGCCUGGCCAAGAUGUGCCCCCUGAACAGGGUUGGCGUUCCCGCUGACAUCGGCCGCGCGGUCUCUACUCUUGUCAGCGAGGAGGGCGAGUGGAUCAACGGUCAAGUCAUCAAGCUGACCGGUGGCUCUGCUACCUGA